CCCCCGCCCCUUCCGCUCCUCUGGGCGGGCCCUGCAGCGCGCGGAGUGGUUAUGGCUAGCUCGGCUGCCCGGAGGGCCCGGCGCAGAGUCCGGGGAGUGCCGCCGGCCGGGGCGCGGGCCCGCUCGGCCGAGAACUGGUGGUGGGAUCGGCUGGCGCCGAGCGGCUCCGGGUACCACCUGCUGCAGGCGGACAGCAUGCUGCUGGUGCUGCCCGGCCCGGGGCCCGCCCGCGCCCGCGCGCAGAGGCGCGCCGCCCGCCGCGCUCAGCGGCUGCCUCCCCCCGGGGCCCGCGCCGCGGCAGCCAAGGCCAAACCUAGACCCGCGCCCGCGCCUGCGCCCGCCCCCGAGCUGCAGCAGGGGCCCGACCCGGGCUGGGGCGACCGCAUCCCCUUGGAAAUCCUGCUGCAGAUUUUCGGGCUGCUGGUGGCGGCCGAUGGGCCCAUGCCCUUUCUCGGCAGGUACCCCAGGCCCAGCAAGCGCAGCGGCAUGGCUCAGGCUGACCCGUUGCCCACCGAGCGGGAAGCUGAGGGCUGCACGCGUGUGCCGCCGCUGGCACGACGCCGCCUCCCAACCCGCGCUCUGGCACACCGUGACCCUGUCGCCCCCACUGACUGGCCGCCCCACCCUUGGCGGGGCCAAAGCCGAGAAGAAGCUCCUUGCUUCCCUGGAGUGGCUUAUGCCCAAUCGCUGGUUAGCGAGUCCUGUCCUCGGCUCACCUUCCUCAAGCUUUCUGAUUGCCACGGUGUGACCCCUGGCACUCUGAUCAUGCUAGCCAAAGCCUGCCCCCAGCUCCACAGCCUGGACAUACAGCACUCCUUGGUGGAGUCUACCGCCGUGGUAAGCUUCUUGGAGGAGGCUGGGCCCCGAAUGCGAAAGCUGUGGCUGACCUACAGCUCCCAGACAACAGCCAUCUUGGGUGCGCUGCUGGGUAGCUGCUGCCCCCAGCUCCAGGUCCUGGAGGUGAGCACCGGCAUCAACCGCAACAGCACUCCCCUCCAGCUGCCUGUUGAGGCCCUGCAGAAAGGCUGCCCCCAGCUACAGCCUGGGCCUUGCUCCCAGGUGCUGCGGCUGCUAAACCUGAUGUGGCUGCCUAAGCCUUCUGGGCGAGUGGUGACUCCUGGCCCAGGCUUCCCCAGCCUUGAGGAGCUCUGCCUCGCCAGCUCCACCUGCAACUUUGUGAGCAAUGAGGUCCUGGGCCGCCUGCUCCAUGGCUCCCCUAACCUGCGCCUGCUGGAUCUUCGUGGCUGUGCCCGCAUCACGCCUGCUGGCCUACAUGAUCUGCCGUGUCAGGAGCUGGAGCAGCUUCAUCUGGGCCUGUAUGGCAUGUUGGACCGGCUAACUCUAGCUAAGGAGGGCAGCCCCCUUUUGACCCAGAAAUGGUGCCACACGCUGCGGGAACUGGACUUGAGUGGCCAGGGUUUCAGCGAGAAGGACCUGGAUCAGGCCCUAGCUGCCUUUUCAGGCAUCCCUGGGGGCUCACACCCGGCCCUGUGCUCCCUCAACCUCAGGGGCACCCGGGUCACAGCAAGCAGUGUCAGCUCUGUGAUCAGCAGUUGCCCAGGCCUGUUGUACCUCAACCUGGAGUCCUGCCGUUGCCUUCCCCGGGGUCUGAAGCGGGCCUACCGGGGCCCAGAGGAAGUCCAGUGGUGCCUGGAACAGCUGCUCACCAGCCUUCCCUCCCCCAGCUAGGCAGCUCCAGACCCCAGACCCCGUGGUCAGCCAGCCCUGCCUUGCACCCUUUCCCAGUUUUGGAUGUUUGAGCACUUUGUUAGAAUAAAAUGUCUUCAGAAACUCUGUGUGGUCCUUGGGG